UCACCCGACAGUACAACAGACCUUAAGAUGAAAGUACUCGCUAUUCUUCUGUUAAGCAGCCUUACCAUUGCGAUGGCUUUGGCACUUCCUGUCGAUCUCGGUGCAGAUGUUCCAGCUGGUGACCAACAGGCAGUUGCAUUGGCCGAUUUAGCGGAUUUGGGAGCAGAAGAUCCAGCGGCAGACCAGACCACGAACACUAUUCGCCGGCCUCGUUUUUUAUUAAGCAAACUGUUUAAGCCACAAACCGUGGUGGUUCAGCCUGUGAUCGUUCAACGACCUGUUCAACCAUAUGGUGUAUAUCAACAAUCCUAUCCGUAUUAUCCAAGACGAUUUUAAUAUACUGCUAUCUAACCUAUUGUAUUUUAAGCAAAUUUAAUAAAAUAAAGAAGCACGACCUUUAAGUCAAAGAUUAA